UGUCAAUUGUUGUCAGCUUAUAUUUGAACACAAGUGAUAAGUCUAUUCCUUAUAAUUGCUGUUUUAUGUGAAAUAAAAUAUAUAAAAUAAAAUAUGUUAAAUAUAGAAUUAGAAUUUUUUAAUGAUGAUUUUAUUGGACAUUGUAAAAAUAAUAUUAUUUAAAUGGAUCGGUGUAUUCGAUCAACCUUGGUCAUUCUCUUCUUAAUGUUGAGUCGUUGACUUAUAUUUUCUAAUAAGUAACGUGUCUCGAUAUAAUAUCAUUGUAAUUUCAUCUGUAAUAGUUCAUUCAAAAAGUUCGUACAGGAUGAAAAUCAACGAAAAAAAUAUGGUAGCAUUUGCAACAUCCGCAACACCAGUAGAUAGAGAAGGCUGGUUGAAUAAACGCGGUGAAGUUAAUCGUGGGUAUCAACGAAGAUGGUUCGUUCUUAAAGGGAACAUAUUAUUUUAUUUUGAUCGACGCGGUGAUAAAGAACCUGUAGGUAUGAUCGUUCUUGAAGGAUGUACUAUCGAAUUGACAGAAGACGAAGAACAGUUCGGAUUUAAAAUUGUAUUCCAUGGUCCAAACAAUAGAAGCUAUGCACUUGCAGCAGAGUCACAAGAAUCAAUGGAACAGUGGAUGAAAGGUUUGGCAUGUGCCAGUUAUGAUUAUAUGAGAUUGAUGGUAGCAGAAUUACAACGUCAAUUAGAUGCUGCAGAAGAAGAAGUUGAAACAUUAACUCCACCACCUCAGUCUCCUAAAGCACCACCAAGACAAAGACACAAUCCUUUUAACAAGCCAGAAUCUCAUCACCGUUCUCAGAGCGUUAGAUCUGCACCUGGUAGAACAGAAAAUGUACCUCGUACAAGAAUCACAUUUAGAGAAUUACAUACAGCAUAUGGAAGAAGAAUUCUGGCAGAUUUGAAUGCAUGGAGACAUGCAAAAAAAAAUGCAGAAGCACCAUUGAUAACUCUAUAAUUAGUGACCAUUUGUAAAUAUUUAUAUUGAAAGUAUAUUAUUAGACUUGCAGUGUUAAACAAAUUUAGUUGUAAUACAAAAAAUAUUUUUCUUUGUCUUCAUUUAUAUAAUGCUUUUAACUAUUUUUUUAUUUUAUGCUAUUUUUAUGAUACAUUAAAUAUUUAUAUAUAUAUAUAUAUAGGAUGUGAUAAAGUAUAAUUAAUAUAGGAAUUUAUGUACAUAUAUUUUAUUAUCAUUUAAUAGUGCAAAUACAUGGAAUAAAUCAAUAGCCAUGCAUGAAUAUCACAGAACCAAUUCAUAUAAAAUGAUAUAUAUUAAUCGCGUAUUUGUUAGCAAAUACUGCAAAAAUAUUGUAGCAGAGUUAUUCAUUAUAAGUUUGUUCUUUUGUACAAGCGUUUACAUAAACGUACUGAAUAUGAUUACAUGAAACAUUA